CAUUGCAAGUACACACACGUUUAAUUUCGCGCACUUUGACAUCACCGUGCAUCUCGAAAGCUCUACGAAAUUUAUGAAAACAUUACUGUAAAUAUCCUACUAGAGAUUCAAGAAGUCCAGUGGAUACAACAUAGGUGUAAGGUCAAAGCACAAAGACACAUAAAGGACCGUCUACAAUGAAUUGUAGCCGUAAAUGUAGUCGUAAAAUUGACCAAUCACAGUUUGCUAUUUUCUUUGCGAUCAAAGAAUAAGAAAUUGGCCCUUAGCAUGAUGUCUGCUAACUAUACGCUUCAUUAAUCUUCGUUAAUUAUAAAAAUUAUUGCUUCCCAAACUGUGAAAGUGAAACAUUGUUUAUUAACUUGAAUUUCUUCCUUUCGAUGAACGGAUUUCUCAAGAAACAGAAAAAGUGGGUAUACCUAUAAAAGUGGGUAUAAAUUCAAGUUAAUAAACAAUGUUAAUCCACAUAAGCAGUUUCUUUUGUAUCGUGAUAACAGAAAGCAAACAUGUUUAGCAACGAAGAAUAUCGCGAUAUGCAUUAUCUGUAUGGACUUUGUGAUGGCAAUGCUGCUGCAGCUGAGAGAGAAUACCAGAUACGAUUUCCGCGGCGACAACAUCCUAAAAGACGAGUGUUUGAAGCCUUACAUCGAAGGAUGGGAGAGACAGGUGUAUUUCAACCACAACAUCACGUUGGUCGUCCAAGGCAUAAUGUGGAUCGAGAGGAAGAAAUUCUCGAUAUUGUACAUGAAACCCCAUCUAUCAGUACUCGACAUAUUGCGAAUCGUCCCGUGCAAGAGUUACUACCGCGAGAUCAUCAAUAUCGUCGCGAGUACUGUCGAUGGUUGCUACACAAAAACAUUGAUGAACCAGAUUUUCUCAACCAUGUGUUGUGGACUGACGAAGCGGGAUUCACACGAGAUGGAAUUAUGAAUAUGCAUAAUCUACAUGUUUGGUCUGAUGUGAAUCCUCAUGCAACACGACCCAUCUCAUUCCAACAUCGAUUUUCUGUGAAUGUUUGAGCAGACUACACAUACUACUGGAAGAUAUACCCCUACACACUCGACGACAAAUGUGGUAUCAAUUAGAUGGCGCUCCAGCGCAUUUUACACGUCC